AUGGAAGAUAUCAAUGAUGAUUUAUCGUAUAUGAAUUGUCGUCUUCUGGUACCAUCUUCAAUAUUUGCAGCAAUUAGUUUGACAGCUUUUUUGAUUGGAUCAAUUCUAGGCCAUUUUUAUGAUAUUAAACGACGAGAUGAUGGAAAUAUGCCAUCAUGGUUAUUUGCAUCAGGCUGGUACUCAAAAUACUGUUCGAAUUUGACAUCAACCAUGAUACCUAAUUGGUAUCUACCAUCAAUACUUCGAUUACUUGAACUUACCGUCCAAGCAAAUGUAUCAUUUCGUAUUGCAACCUGUAUUCCAACUUCACUUCGUUUAUUUCAAAGUUAUUUAAAUGCUCUUGUUAAUGCAAAUAUUUGUCCAUAUAUCAAGAAAUGGUUUUGGUAUCGUUGGUGUAAUAUUGCUGUACCAAUUUUACUUUUUUUGAAAUUUUCUUCUGCACACUUUUCUCUAUCAAUACCAUUCGUCAAGAUUAUCAAAAGGAUUGAUCAGAUAUGUGUAAUAAUUAAAUUAUUAUGUUUGAUUGCAUUUGGUAUUGUAACUCCACAAGUGACUAUUUUUCAUAAUUCAUUUAUCGAUUCACCCGCAUGUCACUAUUAUGUGCCACCUUAUCAAGCAUUAUGCGAAUAUAUACUAAUUAUUUCUAAUGCUUCGUUUCAUCUAACAAUGAUCACCGAUACGCGCAAUUUGAGAUUUCUCAUUUAUCCACGUACGUGUUCCGGUGAAUGUGAACCAAUAAAUCCGGAAAAUUUUCGAAAAGGAGGCAAAUUUGAGCAUUGUCGUUCACAAUAUCAUAUAAAUAAGAAACGAUUGAUGAUAGGUGAUGGAAACAAAAUGCAAGAAACUACUUUUUGAUAUUAUAGUUCAGCAUCUUUUCAUGUAUUUCCCAAAAUGUACCCGAAUAAUGGUUAUGCUGAAGUUAGGUUUGGAAUAAAUAUUUUCUGGAUGUUAUCUCAUUUCGCCAAAAGAAAUG